AUGCCCCAUUCCAAAUACGACUCCCCCGAUAACCACCCCGCCGCCAUCUUCAAUCCCUUCGUCUCGUCCGCUCCCCGACAUGGCUUCGAUCGCCAAAACUCGCCGACUCCUACUACCGACAGGCAGAACAUUAUUAGACGCCUGAAGACAAGAGUGACCGCCGAUCCAGACCAACAACGGCAACCGUCACCCACUCGCACACCCUUGAACCACCAAGAAAAUGCACUCGGCCUCGACAUCCCCCGUCCACGCUCUGCCCUGCACCGUGGCAAUUUCAGAGAAGACGACGACCAACAGCACACCAUCGCCACGUCUCCAGUAGUCCCCUGGCAUGCUCACUCGCACUUCCUGCAACGCCCCAGAGCUGCAUCUCAAGCUUCGUUAUCAGCCAGUUUCUCUUAUCAGCCGCCGACUAGCCCCCUUGUCCAUCAAGCCAAUGCCGCCGACAUGCCCGACCACAAUCAUGAACACUUCACCCCGACAAGACACUCGCACUCGUUGUUGCACCGCCAGUCUUCGUUACGCGCCUUCCCGUAUCAGGCACACCAACCUCGUCGCUCCGUCGGCUCAAUCUCCUGUCUCCCGCAAUCUCCAUACCCAUCCGCCCGCCGUCCCUCAAUAACCGAUGCUUCGCCUUUGCAACACGCUCCCAUGGUUGGCUCAUACGAAGAGAGCAUUCUCCGUGGUCGCAUGUCUACAACCCCUUCGAAACCUCUGGAUUUUGUCGCUCAGAUCGGUGUCCUCGGAAAAGGUGACUGCAAGCCGAGUCUGAAAUGUCCGCCACAUGUCUCGAUACCCUUUCCUGCCGUCUUCUACAGCUACCCAUCUGGUAUCCACAACGACCCUGAGCCCAGUCCUUACGUUGGCAUGCUCGAUUUGGAGAACACACUGAACAAGGCCGACGAGCCCGAAGCUGCUGCAUCACGGCGACGACGAAAACACCAGUACGAGCAAGAACACAGCAAAAACACUCUCCAUUCAGCCGAUAUGAAUGAUCAGUAUCACGACAAGGCAUCUCGACGUCAGCACAAGCUGCACAAACGAACGACCACAGCGGCCCCAGCUGGAUCGUAUCGCAUUCCAGAGAUUGGUCAACUCCAAAUAGUCAUCAAGAACCCGAACAAAACUGCCGUCAAGCUCUUCCUCGUUCCUUACGAUCUAGCUGACAUGCCUCCUGGUACCAAGACCUUUAUUCGCCAACGUUCCUAUUCUGCCGGGCCCAUCAUCGACCAACCCAUCUCAAACCUCACCCGCUUCCCCAAUGCUGGUCUUAUGGAGAAGCCAAUCUUGAGGUAUCUGAUCCACCUCAACAUAUGUUCGACCCAGAAAGGGAGGUACUAUCUCUACGGUGGCAUCAGAGUGGUCUUUGCCAAUCGCGUACCCGAUGGAAAAGAAAAACUGCGCACCGAUGUGCAAAUGCCCGAACCGCGAUUUUCAAUCUGGAAACCAGCCUCUGCCACUCCAGAAACUCUCGAAAUCGCUGCAAAGGCAAACGAAGAUGCUAAGAGACGACGCAGCGCCGUGUUUCCCUCCCACACUUCAUCAUUCGGCAUGCUCCCGCAGCCCACUUCAGGCUCUGUUGACAGUACUGCUUCCUUCCAACACCUGUCUUUCAGGCCUCAGCAUGACCAUCUCCCGACUGUGGAUAGCCGGCCAGAGAGCCGUGGCGACGUGGAUUUGGAUGCUCAGCCCGCUAGUGCGUUCCACGAUAUCGCAUGGCAGAGAGAAGACAGAGGAGAAGGAGCCUUUGUCUUUGGUCGACGGGAUGGCAGUGUGGAUCUCAGUACCAAGCAGGAGAGUUUGCUGUCUAGGAAGUUGAGGGAUCUGGAGGUCAGAGGGCGUAAGUAA